AUGUCUCACAGUCACGGGAACGCUUCGUCGGCGAACGAUCCACGGCAGCCUUCGACGGCGAAACCUUACACUCCCCGGCCUGUUGCGCCGGAGGAUCUUCCCGUUGACUACUCUGGAUUCAUCGCUGUUAUCCUCGGCGUCACCGGCGUUAUGUUCAAGUACAAGAUUUGCUCGUGGCUUGCAAUUAUAUUCUGUGCACAAUCACUGGCCAACAUGAGGAACUUGGAGAAUGAUUUGAAGCAGAUCUCCAUGGCUAUGAUGUUUGCUGUAAUGGGAUUGGUCACAAACUACUUAGGGCCUAACAGACCCGCGACGAAGAAAUAG